CAAAUGCUGAACAAGCUUCAAUUCGAUCAGUACGUUAAUUGAAAUUCAGCCUUCGCAAAAUUCUGUGGGGGCGGUCACGUACGCUUGGUCCAGUGAAUUCAGCAAGUGCCAAGUGGGCCAUGUUUGAUCGCGGCGGAACCUAGUUGCUGAUAUGAGCGCUCGUCUGAUGUCAUUGUGACAAGCUUCUCCAGGGAUCUUUGUGCGCUGAGCAGGUGCCUUACAGACGCUCCGCAACUGUUUUUCCUGGGAGCAGAGUCCAGAUCAGCAAGCUACCAUCGAAAUUAUCGCGCAGUAUGGUGGCAUGCACUACUCGGUUGAGUUGUACGCCUAUGGAGAUGGACUCGCUGGAAUGCCGUGAAAGGAGAUGCCUGCCUAGUUCUAGUGCCUGGCGGUGGGCUGUCUUGUCAGGGAAAACCCUUUUCUUGCCGUCAAUUGCGCCCCUCAUAUCCACUUCCCACGUUGCUACUCUGACAGAAGACUGCUGAGGCCGGUUGAUGGCGUGCAGGGUCGGCAGAAACGCCAGUAAAUUUGGUAAUGGUCUGGUAGAUGCAGCCUCAAGGAGGUGACAAGGCCGGGAGAGUUGCUUAAGUGGGGCGAAGAUGGUGUUUGAGUAUGUCUCAGACAGUAUGGGGCCGUGUCUGGUGGCAAGGGGGGGGGAUUUGCCUGCAAAGACCCAGAAGGCAGACCAUGUUGCGCUCGGACGGCGGCGGCCCCGCUCAGGGUGGCAGAAUGGGCCGAUCACUUUCACGUCAUUAAGGGCAGCUGCAGGGGCACCGGAUAACACACGCCAACAGAGCGGGAGUGACGAGAAGUGCAUCUGGAAGAAUGUUAUUGCGGCGGCGACGGCAGGCAGCGUUCUUACGGUCUCCACGUUUCCCCUGGCUACGAUUAAGACGCAGAUGCAGGCCGGUGUUGACAGCACUUUCCUGGGGUCAAUCAGGGACAUAGUGCGGAGAAAUGGCUGCAAGGCGUUCUAUGCGGGGCUAGGCCCUGACCUGGCGCAGAACCUGCCGUACAGCGCUCUGUACAUUGGCACGUUUGAGGGUCUGAAGUCAUUGGGGGUGCCCCGCCCAGUUGCGGCUGCGGCGGGCUCUGCUGCGGCGUGCAUCGUGACAGUGCCAGCGGACAUUGUUACCCAGAGAAUGCAGGUGGGCCUCCACGGCAAUGCUAUUCAGGCCCUGGGAUCCAUUUUGAAAGCCAAGGGGGUGGGGGGUCUGUACGCUGGACUGGCGCCCGCGCUGGUGCGCAUCAUCCCCACGGCAGUGGUCCAGUGGACUGUGUUUGAGAAUCUGAAGGAGCACAUCGAAGCCAAGAGGGCUGGCAAGCCGUUGGCUACGCAUGAGAGCCUCCUUCUUGGGGGGCUGGCGGGCUCUACGGCCGCCUUAUUCACUUGCCCCGUCGAUGUUGUCAAGACGCGGCUCCAGACGGGCGACGCCUACCUGAGCGUGCAGCAGACGGUGCGCCGCAUCCUGGCCGAGGAGGGCUCCGGAGCGCUCUUCCAGGGCCUCGGCCCCAAAACCGCAAUGGUCUUCCCGUCGACCGCCAUCUUCUUCUGCGUCUAUGAGCUGCUCAAGAAGCGCCUCCACGAAACGUCCCUCCCUCGCAAAGCUUCCGCACGGCAGGGGCGGACGCCCUCUCGUCGGGUGAAAAAGCCCUCGCUCCUGGGACAAAGGUCGUCCAUGCUAAGGGAGCCAGAGUGGCCGCUGACCCUGACGUUGCCACCAUUUACGCUGCCUGACGUGUUCAAGAAUAAGACGAGAUCCCCGGCGCAGUUGACGCUGGCACACAUACAUAACCAAUUCAGAAGCAAGCGGUGAUAGUUCGGAUCGUGGGCACUGCCGGAUUUUUCUUGUACAGCAUAGAGAGAUUGCCUCCGCCCGCUUGAAUAUGUUAUGAUCCAGUUGAUGGACGAUUCUUACUGCCAUCAAAGAUUGUCAGUGUCAUUAAGAAGACUUCAGACUGCUUUUUGUUUUCAUGAUUGCUUGCAUGAUCAAACAUGUCAGCCGCCACAAUUUAAUUGAAGGAGGAGGCAAGUGGCAAUCCGGC